GACAAAGACACCUACAAUUUUAACAAGUCUAGGUUCAUGAUAAGUGUUAUAUCAACAGGAGCUGUUGUUACAGGCUCAGAGCGUCGUAGAAGACUAAAUACAGUACAGCAGGGCGACCAAGACGUCUGCGCUGCUAGAUCUUGUACCCUGCCUUUUAUUAUCUACAAAGGACGCGUUCACAUCUCUGCCUGGUACAAGGAGGCAGAUAUACCACGCAAUUGGAAGCUCUCUGUCUCCAAGAGCGGCUGGACGAACAACGCGCUUGGCCUUGAG